AUGCAUUCGGCCACACUGUCUGCCUUCGUAGGCAAUAGAGUUUCUGAGAUUCAAGACCUCACCGCAGGUUCACAUUGGAGAUAUGUCCACACAAAUUGUAAUCCAGCAGACAUUGUGUCAAGAGGCAGCACUGUUAAGGAUCUCACUAAUUCUAUUUGGUUUAAAGGACCUUCAUUUCUUCGUCAAGAGAUGUAUAAGUGGCCUGCAAACAAGAACGACAACUUGGAUUUUGAAGAAGUCAAUAAGGAAAAACGAAAAGCGGCAUUCAAGAAGUUCAACCGCAAUGUCUUUACAGAAGUCCUUACUCAUGAAGAAUUAGACUACGCCUUCCGAUGCAUCAUUUCAAAUAUACAAGCUCAGUACUUUGCUGAAGAUAUUUAUUUAUUGAAUCGAGGAUCUAUAACAAAAGGUUCAUUAAAAUACCUCAACCCAUUUAUUGAAGAUACCGGUGGGUAUAAGCUGAUAAAGGUUGGUGGACGAUUAGAAUUGGCUGAUCUUGCAAAAGAACGUAAACAUCCUAUCCUGCUGCCUAGCAAAUCUGAAUUCGUCAUACGUUAUGUUCGUUACUUGCAUCGUAAGAAUUAUCAUGCUGGACCUAAGGCACUAGUGGCACUCAUUCGUUUAGAGUUUUGGAUUAUAAACGCCAGAGAGGUUGCUCGAAGAGUAGUCAGACAAUGUGUUCACUGCGUGCAUUAUAAGCCAAAACUAUUGCAACAGAUGAUGGGCAAUUUACCGGUAGAACGUCUCACACUGUCACGGCCGUUUGCUCGCUGUGGUAUAGAUUCUUGUGGACCAUUCAACACGUAUUUACGUAUAAGAGGGAAGCCUCCAUACAAAACUUAUAUCGCCAUUUUUAUUUGUAUGGCAACAAAAGCAGUACACAUCGAAGUUGUAUCAAGUUUGUCAACAGACGCGUUCAUUGCAGCAUUUAAAAGAAUGAUUGGCAGGAGAGGCUUACCAAGUAAUAUAUUUUGCGAUAACGCAACCAAUUUUGUUGGGGCUUCAAAUCAAUUGACAGAACUAAAGUCAUUCUUAUUUAAUAAAAUAAACCAAUCGUCUAUCAUUCAGUACUGCGCGUCUGAAUUCAUUAAUUUUCACUUUAUUCCGCACAGGGCACCUCAUUUUGGCGGUCUUUGGGAGGCUGCAGUUAAAUCCGCAAAAGGGCACUUAUAUAGAAGUUUGAUGACUACUAAGUUAACAUUUGAGGAGCUGUCAACAGUAACAACCGAGAUAGAAGCUACUCUCAACUCUCGACCAUUGACACCACUUUCGCCGGAUCCUAGCGACAAUGAAGCAUUCACUCCUGCCCAUUUUUUGAUUGGGUGCUCUCUAAAGGCGUUACCGGAGCGGACGGAAUUUGCUAAUACUAACAUGCUCGACAAGUGGUCCCUCAUCAUCGGUUUGAAACAAUCAUUUUGGAAGCGGUGGUCUCAUGAAUACAUAAAUGAGCUACAGAUGCGCACAAAGUGGACCUGUGAAAUACCAAAUAUCAUGCCCAAUGCAAUGGUGUUAAUUCAUGAAGACAAUGUGCCCCCACUACAUUGGCAACUCGGAAGAGUUCUUAAGGUCAUACCAGGCAAGGACGAGCAUGUCAGAGUAGUUGACGUAUGUACCUCAAAGGGCAGCAUUCGCAGACCUAUCCACAAACUAGCCAUUUUACCCAUUGAAAGUCCUUUCAAGGAGGCCGGGAUGUUGGGUAACAAUACAAAAUAA